CCGUCCGAGUGACGAACACGUCGUCAUCACUGAAACUGAAAUGGAAGAAAUUUGUGAGGAAGAUGACAACAAUUUCAUUCUCUUUAGGGAUAAUACAACAUUCCACGGUGUCAGAGACUUAUUGAUCUCUCGAUCGUUAUUCAUGCAAAUUAUUUGGAUCACCCUCAUAAUGCUAGCGCUUAUAUUCGCUGUUCAUGGAUCUUAUAUGAUAUUCAGUGAAUAUAUUGCUCGUCCUGUUGUCGUAUCAUAUUUUAUUCAGGAAGCGGGGCGUCGUCUCGCACUUCCAGAUAUUGUGAUAUGCCCAUUCAAUCGAUACAAUCGAUCGUAUCUGGAAGAGCUGAAUGUGAGUCGAGGACUGGCUCAGUAUCUGGAACUAUCAUACCCCAGUCCGAUGCUUCACUCAUUUCAGACACGUCAAUACACUGAAACUGUGGCCAACAUUGAUCGUUUUGAUUUUGAACUAGAGAUGCUGCUUAAAAAACUCGGCAAUAUAUCAUUCACGCAAUUCAUUAAAAUGGUUCACAUUUUUGUAAAGUGUUUUACCGAUCGAGUUGAAAUAUAUCAGUGUUCACUUACCUAUAUCCAGCAAUUUACAUAUUCAACAUUGGAUUGUUCAGCCUUCUUCGAGAACAAAGCAGUAUGUGAUAAUUUAACAGAAACAAUGUCUUCUGCUGGCAAAUGCUUCAGGAUACCAGGUAUUGACCAAGAAGGAGACGGUUUCGGUUACGGUGCGAGAUUUGUCAUAAAACUGCCAAACCAUUUAUACAAUCCAGGCGUCAAUCAAAUGCUCAACGAUGGGAUUGCCAUAAAAUUAGCCGAGAGAAGCCGUGGAAUCGAUAAUGAUCUAACCUUUAUACCAUCGGGUGUUCAUGCAAUCAUGCCACUAUCGGCAACCAAAUAUGAAUUCAUGAACGAUCCACCUCGUUAUAUGUGCGAAGAAGAUGCAGAUCCCACUUAUAGCAGAGUUUGGUGUUUUGAAGUUUGUUUAACGCAAGCGUCCGAAGAUGUAUGCAACUGCUCACUGGCAGCCGCAACAGUGCUACGGAAACCAUCGAUUUGCACAACGAAACAAUUCUUUCACUGUUUUGCAGUACAACUUUUUUCGGUGAAUAAUACACACAUUGUUGAGCGAUGCAAAGAGCAAUGCAAACCGCCUUGCUCAUAUUGGCAUUUCCAAAAAACAGUCAGUUAUGCGCAUUUCCCGGCUAAGCACACUCGCUAUAUAGUGGACAAUGACACUGAAUGGGAAACCCUGCAAAAUACAAUCAUCCUUGAGGUGACUGCAUUUUCAGUUGUUUUUUUCUUGCAUUUCAUAUAUCGUUUAUAG